AUGAACCAAUCUCUUACAAUACUUUAGUACAAAAGGAAGCAUCUAUUAAAAAAAAAGAGUUAGAAAAAGAAUUAGCCGAGUUACAAGCUAUAACAAGAAUUACUACUAAUCAUGAAUAUUAUAAAAAUUUUUCUUCUCAGGCUUUUAAUAUACAAAAAAGUAUAAAAACUCAAGACAUUCGGUUAGACAACCUAAAAAGACACGUGGCAAGUCAGAGAAAAUCACAAGACAAAAAAAAAAUUGCUUGA